AACCACCCGACGUUUGCUUGGCUCGAAUUUUGGUUUCAACGGUCACAUUUCAAGAGAGAGAGAGAGAGAGAGAGAGAGAGACUGAGAGUAUCAAUGGCGGAUAAAUCACGUGGUCGUGCGAGCUUCUGGACACGAGCCGACGCUUUGCUCAGGAAAAACUUGACCUUCCAGAAACGGAAUAUACAGACAAAUAUUAGGCUCAUCUUAUUCCCAAUUUUACUUUGCUUGAUACUUAUUUUCGUGCAAAUAUUGAUUAACCAUGUACUGGAUAGUGACAAAUUCAAGUGUGGCUGCACUUGUCUUGAUAGUAAUGGUAAUGGUCAAUGUGAUAGCACUGAGAAGGUUUGUGGGAUUCAGUACUCAACCUUGGAUCAAGCGAGCAGCUGUCCCGUUCCUAGUCCCCCAGAGUGGCCUCCCCUUUUGCAAAUACCAGCUCCUGAGUAUCGUGCUGUAAGAACUGAUUUUCUUUCAUUCACAGACUUACCGGAUCAGUCAUGCAGGAAUACUGGUUCCUGCCCUGCAAGUAUUCUUCUUACUGGGAAUAACCAAACUCUCGGAGAAAGGCUGGCUGGGAAUUUGUUCACUAGCUCUUCCACUUUGAAUUCCUCCGAUAUUUUGGAUAGCUUAGCCUAUUAUGCCUUAGGAUCAGACACAGAGACUGCAGAUACCAAUUUUCUUGAACCAGCUUUCUUUUCAAAUCAACCACUCUAUCGUCUCCAAUCUCAGUGCUCUGCAAAUUCUGCGAUUCCUGUUUCCAUCCAGUUUGCUCCCGGUGCUACACAGGAGGCUAUAUGUGUUCAAGGUCAAAAUCUGUGGCGCAAUAGUUCUUCUGAAGUUAAUGAUGAGCUAUAUAAGGGCUACCGGAAAGGGAAUUCAGAAGGGAAGACAAAUGAGAUUGUAGCAGCUUAUGAUUUCUUGAACUCCGAUUUUAAUAACUUCAACUUGAGUAUAUGGUACAAUUCUACAUAUAACAAUAACACUGGCAAUGCCCCUCUUGCAUUGAUGCGGGUUCCUCGCUCAGUGAAUUUGGUAUCAAAUGCCUAUCUCCAAUACGUUAAGCCUGGUGCAAAAAUAAUAUUUGAGUUUGUCAAAGAAAUGCCCAAGCCUGCAACCAAACUCACCUUGGAUUUCUCUUCCAUACUUGGACCAGUUUUCUUUACGUGGGUCAUUCUCCAAUUAUUUCCUGUCAUAUUGACAUCUUUGGUUUACGAUAAGCAACAAAAGAUAAGAAUCAUGAUGAAAAUGCAUGGGCUUGGCGAUGGUCCUUAUUGGAUGAUUACUUAUGCUUAUUUUCUUGCUCUGUCUUUGGCCUACAUGUUAUGUUUUGUGAUAUUUGGCUCUGUUAUAGGUUUAAAAUUCUUCACACUCAAUGACUACAGCAUCCAGUUUGUGUUUUAUUUCUUGUGCAUAAACUUGCAAAUUUCAAUGGCUUUUCUAAUUGCUUCCGUCUUCUCAGACGUGAAGACUGCUGCAGUAAUUGGGUAUGUCGUGGUUUUUGCAACUGGCCUCUUUGGAGCGUUCCUUUUCCAGUACUUCAUUCAGGAUACAUCAUUCCCAAGAGGAUGGGUUAUUGUUAUGGAGUUAUACCCUGGCUUUUCUCUAUAUCGGGGUUUAUAUGAGUUUUCACAGUAUGCUUUCUCGGGGAGCACUAUGGGGACUCAUGGGAUGCAAUGGGGAGACUUAAGUGAUAACAAUAAUGGGAUGAAAGAUGCUUUAAUAAUCAUGUCUGAGGAGUGGUUGGUGGUUCUUUCUGUUGCGUACUACAUUGAUCUAGUCAUAUCCUCAGGAAGUGGGGUUGGAAGAAGUCCACUUUUUUUCCUGAAAAACUUCCGAAAGAAGCUGUUAUCAUCCUCAUCCCUUAGGAAACCUAGUUUCGGAUUGCAGGGACCUAAAGUUCUCAUUGAAAUGGACAAACCUGAUGUUGCCCAAGAGAGGGAGAAGGUUGAGCAGUUGCUACUUGAACCAAAAACAUACCAUUCUAUCAUAUGCGAUAACCUCAAAAAGGUGUAUCCAAAAAGGGAUGGAAACCCUGAGAAAUUUGCAGUGAGGGGGAUGUCACUUGCUUUGCCUCAAGGGGAGUGCUUUGGUAUGCUUGGUCCCAAUGGUGCUGGCAAAACCUCUUUUAUUAAUAUGAUGAUUGGGCUCAUUAAGCCAAGCUCGGGCACGGCAUAUGUUGGAGGGCUGGACAUAAGAACCCAGAUGGAUGAAAUCUACACCAGCAUGGGUGUAUGCCCGCAACAUGACCUACUCUGGGAAACCCUGACAGGAAGGGAGCACUUGCUUUUUUAUGGAAGGCUUAAGAACCUUAAAGGGUCUGCAUUAUCCCAGGCAGUGGAAGAAUCUCUUAAGAGUGUGAACCUAUUUGAUGGAGGAGUUGCCGACAAAAAAGCUGGGACAUACAGUGGAGGUAUGAAAAGGAGGCUCAGUGUUGCCAUUUCACUGAUUGGGGAUCCCAAAGUUGUAUAUAUGGACGAGCCAAGUACUGGACUGGAUCCAGCUUCAAGAAAAAAUUUAUGGGACGUUGUGAAGCAAGCAAAACAGAAUCGGGCAAUCAUUCUAACCACACAUUCAAUGGAGGAGGCAGAGCAGUUGUGUGAUCGACUAGGAAUUUUUGUGGAUGGCAGCUUGCAGUGCAUUGGGAACCCCAAAGAGCUGAAGGCUAGGUAUGGCGGUUCUUAUGUGUUUACAAUGACAACAUCAUCGAAUCACGAAGAAGAAGUUGAGAGGUUGGUGAAGAAUCUGACCCGGAAUGCUAACAAGAUAUACCAUUUAUCCGGAACCCAAAAGUUUGAGCUGCCAAAACAAGAAGUCAGAAUUGCAGAAGUUUUCCAAGCAGUUGAGAAGGCAAAGAGAAGGUUCACAGUUCAAGCUUGGGGUCUGGCAGAUACAACUUUAGAGGAUGUCUUUAUCAAGGUUGCUCGCGGUGCUCAAUCGUCCAACGAGCUCUAUUAAUUGUCAGAUACACACACACACCCUAGCUUUUCUAAAUGGGAAUUGAUAUUCACACUCCUUUUUUUUUGUUAUUCAUACUCUUUUUUGUCUUUUUAGAAAAAACUACAAACACUUUCAUACUUCGAUUGUGUUUUGCCUGACUUUUCUUUAGCCUUAAUGUAAUAGGCUCCAAUUGAGAUACUUAAAAUUUUGCGUCUUAAAAACUUUUUUUAAAAGUAA